AUUGUACUUCAACAUAAAUAAUUCGUUCACAAGAGAAUAAAAUAAAGCAACCCAUUACCAAUUUGUUAAGUCUAUUCCAGCCUGUACACCCACAGCAGCAAUGUCUUCCCCUGUUUGAAAAAACAAAACUCCCAACUAAUACCCCGAAACUGUUCCCUUUUCUUCCAAUCUUUUCUCAAUUCAUUUCCUUUUUUUUUUUGGUUGCAUUCUUUGAUCUGCCUAUUCUCCGUCGCCAUUUGAGAUAAGCUGAAAUCUGAGCAAAGAAAAGAUUCAAAAUGAGUGUAAUCGACAUUCUUACUCGCGUCGAUUCAAUUUGCAAGAAAUACGACAGGUACGACAUCGAUAAGCAGAAAGAUUCAAACAUCUCCGGCGACGAUGCGUUCGCUCGCCUUUACGCUGCCGUCGAUACCGACAUUGAAGCUGCUCUUCAGAAAGCAGAGACAGCUUCGAAGGAGAAAAAUAGAGCGUCUGCUGUGGCGAUCAAUGCGGAGAUUCGAAGGACUAAGGCUAGAUUAAAAGAGGAGGUUCCCAAAUUGCAGAGAUUGGCUAUGAAGAAGGUUAAGGGGCUUUCAAGUGAAGAAUUUGCUGCACGUAAUGAUUUGGUCCUUGCAUUACCUGAUAGGAUAAAUGCAAUUCCAGAUGGUGGAGCAGUUGCACCCAAACAAUCAGGAGGAUGGGGAGGUUCAGGUUCUCGUGCAGAAAUUAAAUUUGAUUCAGAUGGACGUUUUGACGAUGAGUACUUUCAACAAACUGAAGAAUCAAGUCAAUUCCGACAAGAGUAUGAAAUGCGCAAAAUGAAACAGGACCAAGGUUUGGAGGUCAUAUCAGAAGGUCUGGAUACUUUGAAAAACAUGGCCAGUGAUAUGAAUGAGGAGUUGGAUAGGCAAGUCCCUCUGAUGGAUGAGAUUGACACUAAGAUCGACAAGGCUUCAUCUGACCUUAAGAACACAAAUGUUAGGCUUAAGGAUACGGUUAACCAGCUGAGAUCUAGUCGAAACUUCUGCAUUGACAUCAUUUUACUGAUCAUAAUUCUCGGAAUUGCGGCCUAUUUGUAUAA